AUGCUCGUCCAAGCACUCACACCCGAUCUCUCAUACGCCUCGGACGAGGAGUGUGGUAGCUCGUCCUCUAGCAUCUCCGAGUUCAGUCUCGGCGACUUCCCAGAGGCGCAGGCGCCCAAUACGAAGUCUCCUACUCUCGUCCUUGGGUUCGAUGACGCCCUGUCCACGCUGAGUACCGCGUUCUGCGACGAUGUCCGCCGCAAAGAUGUACCCGAGCCUCCGCCCAAGAAGUGUCAUCCCGUGUACUACUUCGAGGACGGGUCUAUAGAGCUGCUGGCGGAAGACACGCACUACAACGUUCACCGCUCGAUGAUCAGACGACAUGCGCCCUCCUGGCUGGCCACCCUCGAUCGCACCCCUGGCACGAAGACGCUCGCGGAUGUGUCUUGUGAAGAACUUGACGUUCUUUUGGCCAUACUCUAUCCCGAAUCAUGCGCCCGGUGGGCACUCCAGUCGCUCGCAGAAUGGACAGCCGCCCUGCGCCUUUCCACGAUGUGGUCCUUCCCGACCGCGCGUGAGCUGGCCAUCCGGAAACUAGAACCUCUGGCGUCCGUGAUCGAAAAGCUCGUGUUGGCGCGCGCGCACGAUGUCGACCAAUGGUUGCGCCCGGCGUUCGUCGAACUGUGCACACGCUCCGCGAAGCUGAGCCGCGCCGACGCUGCGAGGCUCAAAGCUCACCCAGACGAUGUCGUCCUUGUGUUCACCGUUCGCGAAGAGAUCAAGGAAGGCCGUCUCCCACGCGAGGAAGCCUUCGUGACGGAUCGCGUUGAUGCGUGGCUGACUGGGAAGAGCUUCGAGUUCCCGCCGGCGAAGGUGGAGCGCAGUCCACCCCCGCCGGGGAAGACGGUCAGCACGUCUUCUGCUGUCAACUCGACGGCCAAAGCCGCAGGCUCGUCGUCCUUCGAUGACGUGCGAACAGCCACGCCCACUCCCUUGGGUAGCAGUGUGCCCAAGACAGGUGUACCGGUCCAGCCCAAGAGAGGCUUAUGGCAGUCUAUAGCUGAGCCGUCUCGUGUAAGGACCCCCACCGCCCCGAUCCCCGUUCAGCCACCCAAAGCGCCCCAAGUACCUCUGUCCGCGUCCGUUUUCCUACCGAAACCGGUCGUCCAGGCGGAGAGCACGUCCGACUCGACAUCGAGUUUGAAAUCGCCCAUCACUGUCGCCGAGGAGGCAUUAACCAGUUCGCGCAAGUCGCGUUUCGACAUAGCGGUCCGCCUGAUCACGUCGGAGAACGCGGAGGAGUUCGUGUCCUUCGUCGUCUCCAAGCUAAACGGCGUGCAGCCGUCUUUCGACGUGCCGUGGCGGAUCGACCUCCAUCAAGAUUUCAGCCGUUCGUUGAUGCGCCAUGCUUUGCGUACAGACGCCUUUGUCCCGCUGUGUGCCGACAUCCUUGAGGAUAUUGCCAAUCGUAUCGCUGUCGGAACACGCGAUAUCGACUCUGCAGACCUGGGGAGCGACGAUGAAGAUCUCUGGCAAGGUUCAUAUCUGGGAGAGACGCGCGCGCGACGGGAUGUGAAGGCGGCUUUGGCAACAUGGCGGAGUUUCCUAGCGGAGGGCACUCAACGUCAGGAGGAGCCGUAUAUCUUGAAGUCCACCACGAAGACCAUAUCGAGCGAGACGUAUCGGCAUCGAGGAGAGAACUUGGAAAGGCUCGCGAAGGCGCUCGUCGCUAAUAGACUCCUGGAGCCGUCGGAUCUAGGGGUUGGAGGCCAGCAGUAG